GACCGUGAAUGUUGGGGAAGUGCGCGUGAAAAAGAGCAGUAACCAGGAAAGAAAAGGAUAAAGAUACAGGACACCGUAAAACAUGGCUGAAGCCGUUGUGGAGAAUCCUCUGCUCACACGAUUUUUUUGUCAUGAGUGCAAUUCCGAAGUGGAUAAUUUACUACCCAAUUAUACGUGUCCUAUGUGCACUGGUGGAUUUAUCGAAGAAUUAGAAAAUGGAGGGAACAACAAUAGUUCGAAUAUGGACCUCGGUAGUGAGGAUGCAGACAUUGAUGUGGAUAUUACAGGAAUGAGUUUACCGGAAUUUCUUGACGAUCAAGAUCAAGAUGAAUUGCAGUCAGUUGGUCUUUCGCUCAUUACCAAUCAGGGUCCAAUCAGUACAGGCAGUAGGGCCUUUAGGCAAAGACCCUAUCAAACACGAUCGUCUGGUGAAUCACGUGCUUCUGGAAUUCACGGUAGCAGGUAUCAUCGUAGUAAUCUAUCCCGUAAUCGUGGUCGACAGCAAGACACACCAAUGACAAUUGAUAAUUUACUUCACGAUUUUAUUUUCAAUUUAUCUGGUGUUGGAUUUGGUGUACCGUCUCAACAGGGUGCGGCAAUUCCUCCCAUAUUCAAUCUUAGACUGCUGAUAGGCAAUCCAGGGGAUUAUGUUUGGGGUCGCGAAGGUUUAGAUGCUAUUGUAACGCAAUUAUUGAAUCAAAUGGAUUGCACUGGCCCACCGCCAUUACCUAAAAAGCAAAUUGAUGAAAUUCCUACAACAGAAGUAUCUCAAAGUCAAGUUGAUAGCAAAUUACAGUGUUCUGUUUGCUGGGAAGAUUUUAAGCUUUCCGAACCGGUGAGGCAACUUCCUUGUCAACAUGUUUAUCACGAACCAUGCAUUGUUCCCUGGUUGGAAUUGCAUGGAACGUGUCCAAUCUGUAGACAAAGUUUGGGAGAACAAAAUACUGCUGAAGCUAAUCAGGACACUGUUGGACCAAGUUUAGCCGCUUUAUUCAGGGCCGCUAAUGAAUCGAAUACCAGCAGGUCACCUUCUACGUCGUCAACGGACAGCAACGUAAGGAAUGAUUCUUCUAAUGAAAUUUGAAACCAAUUAGCUCACUCAUCAAUUGACCUCUUCUUUCAGCCCUCCCCGAACAUGUAGUUGUAACAUAUUCAUCCUUUUUUUCACCCCCUACUUCCCCGUCUUCUCCACCCCCUCCCCCUAUUAAGACUUUUCAACUCUUUUAAUAAUUUCAUCAUUACACGAAUGUAAAGGUCUCAUACUUCUUUUUUUCCAAAAGGAAAAUAUAAAUCUAGAAAAAAAAAUUCUAUACUUUAUGGAUGAAGUAGAAUUUUUAAGAAAGAAUACGCGACUAAAAUUUCAGUCAUCAUCGGGAAAAAAUGUUUUUUUUUUUUGUAAAUUUUCUUCUAACUUUACAAAUUGUAUUUAAUUUUUUUUUUUUCAAACAAAAAUCUGUGAAAUUUAUCGUAAACUUGAAUUUGUUUACGACGAAUUAUUUACUUGAUUCCCUUUCAAGAAUUAAAUAUAAAUAUAUAUAUAUAAAAAAAUGGCAAUUUUUCAUCUGAAAUACAAAAAUAUAGAAUACAGUAGUUUAUGAAAAAUUAAUGACAUUUGCUGUAAUUUCGAUUCGUUUAUCAUUUUUAUUUUCAUUUUCUUUGGAAAAUUCUUUAAAUAUUUUUUUAAUUUCAAAUUGAAGAUUUAAUUUUUUUGAUUAGAAAAAGAGGCCAAUUGUAUAGUUUUUUUUUCAAUUCACGUGUUUUUUUGGGAGAUUACUUUUUUCAACACCUGUACCAAUAUUAUUUUUUGAUCAACAAAAUAGACUAUCAUUCACUUUGCCAACAGUUUGAAUCAUCAAUUUGUCUGUUUCAUAUUUCAAACAAAUAAAGAAACGAAUGGUUAAAUAACUUUGCUAAUAAAAAAAAAAAAGAAAAAUUGACAAAAAAGUGACUAAGAAACGUAGUUUUCAUUUUUAGAAAAUGAAAAAAUUUAUUAUCUUGUACAAUUUCUUCUUUUUUUUUGCAAUUUGUACAGAGCAACAAAGCAGUAUAAUUGUAGAAGUUUUAGCUAGCACUUGUUGUGUAAUUGUAAUUUUAUACAAAUUACAAAUAAUUAUAUUGACAAUUCGCAUUAUUCCAAAGUGUAAUAUGAAAAAUUGUUUUUUUGCAACCGAAUUUAUUUUUUUGCUACAAUUUUAAUGCGAUUUUAAGAAAGAAAAAUUUGUAAUUAAACCUCGAGUCUUAAUGGAAAUUUUUGCAACGAUCAUUAAAAUAUAUAUUAGUAUUAAAUUAUUAAUAUAUAUUUUAAUAUGUAUUAAUACUAUUAAUAUACAUUGGUAUAAUAUUUAUAUAUUAAGAUAUUAAAUACUAUUUAUAAGAGAAAGAAUAUUCUCUCAUUAAAGAGUGAAAAAAAAUGGAAAUUUUUUUUUUCUAAAAUGCAAAGAAAAAUAUUUUUUAUUACUAAAUUGAUAACUGAUGGCAAAUGUUAAGGACAGGGUUGACAAAGUUAGGACAUAUUAAUUUUAUUUAUAUAAAUAUAUAUUAAUUCUCGUACACAUUGUACAGUGCUAUUAAUUAUAUAUCAUUAUUAUUUUUAAAAUUGAUUUUAUUUUUUAAAUAAUAGUUCAGUUGGAAAGUCAAAGCAGAAUAAUAAAAAAAAAAAUUGAAAAAACGAGAGUUUAUAAAGUCGUGGAAUUUGAUUAAAAAUGUAGAUAAAGAAAAUGAAUAAAUUAUUUCAACUCAUUGACAAUGUUUUCAAUGAUGUUGUGAAAGUUAAAUUAAUUAUUAAUUUAAUUAUAAAUUGUUUCUGUAUCACCAGUGAUGGACAAUAAUUUCUUUGAAACAAGAAAAAGAAAAUCUACAUUUUACAAAAUUAUUUUUUAUAUAUAUUGAAAAAUUACUUUUCAAAUUAUUGUAAUUCGAAAAUAAGUCCAUUGCUGCGUUCUAAUCGUUAUCCCAAUUUAAUGGAAAUUUUAUGUAAACAAAGAAUUUGUUGUUCAUAAUAUUGGAGGAAAGAGAAAAAAAAAAUAAGUCACUCGUAUAUUCUUAAGUAUAUAACAAGUUUUUCGUUGUUCCAUUACUUUUUUUUGUUAAUAUUUUUAGUGUUUACUUUAAGACAACGAAAUCGCAUUUAUGCUGCGUUGUAGAAAAAAGCAGAGAUUUUUCUAUAUUUUAAUUAAUUACAGAAUUGUUAAAAUCACGUGAUUUUAGAGAAUGCAAUUUUAGUUUUUUUUAAUAAUACAUUAAUAAUAAUAAUUAUAUUUUUUAUUAUUAUUAUUAUUAUUAUUUUCGUUGUGGGAAAUUUGAACGCACACUUUGUAUUAUCCUAUUAGGUAAUUAUUUAAAGCUUAUUUAUAUUUUUAAACACGUAUUCUCGAGAAAAGAAUUAUUGAUAUUUUUCGCUAUUUGAACGUGACUUGAAGCUAAUAUUUAUAAUAGUUUUUUCUCAGUCAAAUUUUAUGUAUAAAUUAGAUUGAUACAUUUAAAGAAUAAUAAAUAUAUUUAUUCCCAA